AUGAGCACAGAGAAGAAGAGCUGCGAUAUAUUCGCCUUUGCAAAACGCCAGCUCCAAGUCGAAGCAUCGACAAUCGCCUCAUCAGAAGCGGGCCAACAGCUGAUCAGGUCGGCCGAGUCGCGACGCCAACGCCAGCAGCCAAGACGACCGCUCUCCUCCAGACCCCCCGCGGCGGCCGACGGGAAAGGCCCAGCGCAGCGUCAGCGCGCCCACCUCCAGCAAUGCUUCUACCGGAUCUGCUCCCCCGUCACGGCUUUCAAGGUCGUCGACCCCGACCCCAGCGCCCUCGACGGCGGGCACGUUCUGGCCCUGCGCUUCGAGGCCAUGUCGCGCGGCCAGUUUCUGAAGCCGUACUACCUGAUGCUCAACCGCGCCUACCUGCACGUCGGGUCCGCUCGACUCCGCGUCCACCGACAUACCUUCCCGCCGGCCAUACCCCUCGCCGGCCUGGCGGCGCGCCACCUGCCCGGCCCGGGUCCCAGGAACAGCAGCAGCAGGAGGAGCUCCGGUGCCAACGACGACGACGACGACAACAACAACAAGAACAACAGCCAUGACGAUCACGACCACCGAGACGGUCAUCGCGCGCGACCUCAGGACCUGGACGCCCUAGUCAGGGCCCUACGACGAGAGAUUGCCCGCUAUCAUAACCGCAUGGGCGUCACGGCCGAUCUGCGGAGGGACCUGCUCGGCCUGCGACGCGAGAGGCCAGGCCGCCCCAACGAGGUGGUCGACGUGGGCAUCGCCGACGUCGAGGCCAGGCACGUCCGCCUCACGUUUGCCGACGGGAGGAGCGGUCGUCUGCUCAUGGACAACGACGGCAACGUCGUCAAGCUCGCCGUCUACGACGCACAGGACCGCGACUGGGAUGCUGCCACCCAUCUCGCAGCCGGGUGGACCGCGGAUCACGCUGACACGGUAACGAAGCAGCUGCAUGAUUAUGCUGCCCAGGAAGAGGAGGACCAGGAGGAGGACUGA